GAGGUCAGCGCCGCGUACAGCUGUUGGCCUGACAUCCAGUUCAUCACGGGCACAAGGCUUCGCCGGCGAGCCACGGACGGCGAGUGCACUUCGAUCAUGGAUGAGCACUGCCAUAUUCUCAACUGGGGCUGGAGUACUGCACCCUUUUCAGGCGCCCGCUGCGGAGUUCAGAUACGGAUGCUGAAACGUCGAUUUUGUCUGCGUCACAUUGCAGCUGUGUGCAGUCCCCCGUCUUCGAUUCAAGGCCGUGUCGGAGGAGUGAUGCUACGCAGUGGGAGAUUCCAUCUUGCAUGCUUCGUCGUGUACCUCCCCCCCAGGCCAUCAGUAGCUCGCAAGUUCUCCGCCUACCAGCGCACGAUUAAGGAGAUCCUGGCCUGGUUGAACAAAACGUGCUCUGAACUACCAGCUCGGGCCUCCAUCGUCUUCGGAGGGGACAUCAAUGACUACGCGGGCAUCUGGAUGGCCAACACCAUAGUCCAGGAUCCGAGCCCCGUAGGCCCCGUCUACCCCGCCCAGGAGCACAAUGCCAUGACACAGCUCAGGGAUUUCAUGGAUCAGUACAACCUGUGCCUGCUGAGUACAUUUAUGGGUGGGCAGAACACGUUCUAUGGCAACAACGCCAACACCCGCAUCGAUUAUCUCGGUGGUCCUCGCUCGUGA